AUGUCUGAGGGUAUGCUAGUGCAUUUCGUCUUGAUGUCUCUGUCUGCACGGUUUACUCCUUUUAAGAUAUCAUAUAAUACUCAAAAAGAAAAGUGGGCAUUGAAUGAGCUUAUUGCCCAAUGCGUGCAAGAGGAGGGGAGACUAAAGAUUGAGACAUCUGAGAGUGCUCACUUAGCAUCUGAUUCUCAAAGUAUGAGCAAGAAACGAAAGAGGAUCAAUAGCAAAGGAAAAGGAAAACAAAUUGCAGAUUCUGGAGGCAAUGUCCAUAAGAAGCACAAGAAGCAGGAUAAUGAAUCCACUUGUUUCUUUUGCAAGAAGCAAGGUCAUAUGAAGAAAGACUGCCUCAAGUACGCCAACUGA